AUAUUGCUGGAAUAUUGUUGAAAGUGGAAUAAAACCCAACUCACUCACUCACUCAAUCCACUCAGUGUCAGUAAGCGCACACAUCUCCACAAUAUUUCAAAUCGCACCAUAUGCUAAUUUCACAGUCAUAACACAGAUUUCUUUCAGAACAUUUGUACGUACUGAUAUGUGCAACAUUAUGAUGUAUCAAAGGGUUACACUAUAACUUGGAAGUUCGCAAGACAUCGUUAUCGCCCACAUUUCGCAUACAUUCAAAGCAAGUUGUCAACAAAGCCAGAUAACUCAAACGAAUUAAACUGACAACCACUGAAUUACAAAGUAUGGCAGACCGCUUAGAUAACUCAACGUUACAAGUACAGACCAUGAAAACAGGAAUCACAAUGCCACAUGUACACUGUAUAGCGAUGGGUGUAUUCAGGUAAGCUGACCCAAUAAAAACCUUGAUCAACUGUUUCCUUCUGUUCAAUAAUAAACAUUUUAAAAGCCUAGGUAAAUAAUGGUUUAAUGAAGUGGUGUGCAGCUAGAUUAACAGUGAUAUUGUCUAAAGUCGUGUAUUGAUACGAAUUUCAUUCCAGAAAUAUACCAUUUAAAAUAGGUUCCUAGUCAUCUCCGGUAAAUCCUCAAACAAAUUGUUGGAUCAUGUUUAUUAAAAAACAAGGAAGAUAUAUUUAAGUUUUGAUAUCUAUAUAUGUACUGACUGUGGCCUGCUGUCUCUGUGCUGUUCUGAACUUUCUGUGAGAAGGUAAUAAGGGCGGAGUCAGUUGACUGCAUGUUCAGUUGCUGUUCCAUCAUUCCAAGUUUUAAAGGGGUUGAAUUUUCGGCUGCUACUUGAAUGAAAUGCAGCUUCUUAGCAUGUCAAAAGUGCCCUUUGCAAAUGGCUGAACGGUGACGAGUGAGCAAAUCAUGCAAGUCAAUCUUCUUGACCUCUAAUUGCCUUCUUGAAUCAGAGAAUUCAGGAACAUAAAACCAAUCAAUGUGUCUGUUGGAGUUGAUGUCAGGAAUGAACAUUGCAUGUUUGAUCAUAGUGAUCCUUUGCCAUUUCUCCAACACUUGGAAUUUCCAUUCUGCAUAUGAAAUAUUCAGAGCAGCUUUAGGGUAUUUCUGUCCCUGUAGAAGUCUUGUUGCAAGUACCUUCAAAGGUUUGACACUUUUCUUUCUGCUGGGUAAGUUGAAUUGUGAAUGUGAGCAAGACUCUGGAACACUUGAUCUGUUGAGGUGUCGGGGUGACGUCAGUCCUUAUGAAAGAACUUUGACACAAGCAGACGUCCAACAGGAAGAUGUGAUGUCUCAGAGCGGAGACAAGUUUCAUGAGAGUGGUGAGUGCAGGAAAACAUUCAUCCGAUCAAGCGACCUUCAGAGCCACCUAAGAUGUCACAGAAAUUUGACACAACCAGACGACCAGGAAGAUGUGAUGUCUCAGAGUGGAGACAAGUCUCACGAGUGUAGUGAGUGCGGGAAAACAUUCAUCCGAUCAAGUGACCUUCAAAGGCACCUACGAUGUCACAGUGGUGUGAAGCCUUACGAAUGUAGUGUGUGUGGGAAGACGUUUACCCAAUCCAACGACCUGCACAGACACAUGAUGAGUCAUAGUGGGGUGAAGCCUGCACAGAGUGCGGGAGAGAUUUCCCGAACGUCAGGUGGUCUGAAAUCACACUUGGACUAUCACAAUGGUGUCAGGCCCUUUAAGUGUAGCCAGUGCGAAAAAGCUUUCAGACAGUCAAGCCAACUGGUGGCGCAUGUGAGACGUCACAACGGCAUUAGACCUUUUGAGUGUGGUGAGUGUUUGAAGACGUUUACAACAUCCAGAGGCCUGAAGACUCAUAUGAAGUAUCACAGUGGAGUCAAGCCGUUUGCGUGUACGGAGUGUGGGAAAGCAUUUGUCUGUUCGGGUCAGCUUCAGAUCCACACUAGGACUCACACUGGGAUCAAGCCAUACCAGUGUGGUGUGUGUGUGAAAGCAUUUACAACUUCUGGCAAUCUGAAGGCUCAUAUGAGGAGUCACACUGGAGAAAAACCUUUCCAGUGUCUUGAGUGUAAGAAAUCAUUUACAGAAUACAGCAGUCUAAGGACACAUCUCAAGUGUCACAUUAGAACCAAGAAAGAUGGAUGUGAGUCGGUAUCUGAAUCUGUUGUUUGACAGAUGAACUCUUACACCAUUUGAAUCAGAUGGAGAACAAUGGGGGUGAAAAGGUACGCUCUUACCAUGGUAUGGUUCGUAUUGAGGUACAAAGCCCUCGGUUAGGUCCGUUUCGGUUCGGUAUAUGAGAACUUACUUCUGGGAAAAUAGCAGCCGUCUAACAAAGAAAUGCAUGGAUUUUGACAAACUGAUUCGAUUUCUAGACUUUUUAGAAAAGGUUUUAAAAGGUUAAUAUAAGGUACGAAAACUGAAAUACCAAAUUUUGGAUUGUAUUACGGUAUACCGAACUGAAGGCAAAAUACUGCUGUUCCACUUGUACUGUGGCAUACCGUUUCACCCCUAGAGAACAGUGUGUAUGAUGUCUGUGAGUGAUAUGUUUAAGUUCAUCUUUCUAUACAAGCUGUAUGAUUUUGACAAGUUUAAACAUACUUAGUUGAUCCUCAAAGUUCUUAUGAGAAAUGGGACGGUGGGGUAGCCUAAUGGUUAAAGCGUUGGCUCGUCACGCCGAAGA